GAAAUCUCGCGUUUUUUCAGCGUCUCUUCCGGUUCCACCGGAACGAGGUGCUUUCCUUCCCCGUGCCGUCAGCGGACUACAACGUGUCGCGACAAAAUGGCACUGUAUAAUUUCAAGAAGAUUAUGGUGGUUCCCACCGCAAAGGAAUUCAUCGACAUCACUUUAUCCAAAACCCAAAGGAAGACGCCCACGGUGGUACACAAGCAUUACCAGAUCCACCGCAUCCGACAUUUUUACAUGCGUAAGGUGAAGUUCACCCAGCAGAACUACCACGACCGCCUCUCGCAGAUCCUCACCGACUUCCCCAAGCUCGACGACAUCCAUCCUUUCUACGCUGACCUGAUGAACGUGUUGUAUGACAAAGACCAUUAUAAGUUGGCCCUGGGACAGAUAAACAUCGCCAAGAACUUGAUUGACAAUGUCGCCAAAGACUAUGUGCGUCUGAUGAAGUACGGAGACUCUCUGUACCGGUGUAAGCAGCUGAAGAGAGCCGCUCUGGGCCGGAUGUGCACCAUCCUGAAACGGCAGAAGUCCAGUCUGGAGUAUCUGGAACAGGGUAAGGAACUGGGUCAAAGUCUUGUGGCUGGAGGACUGUAA